CCAAAGGGAAAAGUCAGACCCACUGUCAACCUCGGCUGUGCUCCACAUUCCCUCAAAGAGGUGCCUAAUUUGUUCCAAAGGGAGUUUUAUUUUUUUCCUUUUUAAAAGAUCUGGGUUCAAUCAAUGUCUUUCAUCCUGGCUUCCAGUGAUGAGGUGGCUUUUGCCCUGGAUUCUAGCAACCAACGGCAUUCUGCAGGUGGGUCUUCUCCUUUUCCCUCUUGCUUCAUAAAUGUAUUUUUUUUGCAACCUGGAUGAAAGGAAUGCAAAAGGCUGUUUUCUACAAGAUGGGUGGUGGAGAAUGCAAAAACUAAAAUCUUGCGUAUCUUACUAGCAAUAGAGUUGAGGGAAAGAAGCAGAUGAAAAAAGGGGGAGAUGUCUGGUCUGGUGAGGAAGCAAAGCCCUCUUCAAAAUGCAUUGUGCCCCAGAGGGAAUAUGUUGAGGUUUUCUUGACAGCUCAAAUGAUGAUUGAGUGAUGUGGGAAGGAAGAACCCAGACGAUGCUUCAGGGACAGAUCUAAUUUCUGUGCAGAUCUCGCCCUGUGCCACUGGGGUGGUCUUGAGAUGCCAGGGUGACUUUUGAGAGUGCCCUGAUGUCCAAAAAAAUAAAAAAUUGAGAAAAAGAACAGGAGAUGCAAGAAGUGAUAUUCAGGGGGAAAGCUCAGCAGAGCCUAAAGGAGGAGACGGAGAAUAUUGUUUGGCUGCUGUGCGAGGGGGUGAGUGAGCCCCCAGACAAACCACACGUGGCAGCAGCUCUGGGGAUGAUGCAGCGCCGGGAAAUGAAAGCAAAGAGGGGUCAGCAAAACUGCAAAUGUUUUGCAUCUGGUUGGAGCGCUGGAAAAAAAGCGGUGCAAAAGAGAUCUGGCCAAAGAGGUUGCAGGAGAGAGUGAAGCGGUUCAAAGAAGCAGACGGUGUUUUGGUUCAUCGUGAAGAUUUAUACCGGACAGCAAGCAGGAACCCUGCUUUUUCAGAUGCCCAUCCCAGGGUAGUGUCAAAACCAGGUAGGGAAAUAGGAAAAACAUGCAGUCUGGACACUGGGCAUGCAACAUGUUACUUAAAAUAAUGUUGAGUAAUGUGCAGCUUUCUUUUAUGCUUGGAAUAUACAUGCUUUUGCAGUGGGAGGUGAUAUAUCAGUUUCCUGGGAUGGUUGGGCAGGCCAGCUGGCAAGGCGGAAUUGCAGCCUUGCAGGUCCUCUGGGGCUCUGUGAUUGCAGCCUAACACAGCAACGCACAUUCAGUCGUUGUCCAUCAGUGGCGAGCAAGAGAGGGCUAAGGAUGUGUACUACUAGGCAGAUUUUACUUAAGGAACAGGAACAGCAGCCACCAGUAAGUUCUUUCUACCGCUCUUCCUAAAGUGACCCAUUGGGGAGCAGCAAGCAGCAGGAAGAGUCUAUCUUAGGAGUGAGAAAAACAGAAACUCUUUACAAGGGCCAAUCCACGAAUAGCUCCUGGAGACCUUUGAUUUAAAAAAAAAAGAAAUUGGAGCUUUCAAAAUCAGAUGAAUGAUGAUGAAUGAUGGCAGAGUCCCAGGAACAAUGGAACUAAGGCCCUUUUUGCAUCCUAUCCAUGACCCUAAUUGCAUUACAGUCGUACCUUGGAUCUCAAACACCUUGGCUCCUAAACAAAUCGGCUCCUGAACGAUCGAAACCUGGAUCUGAGUAUUCUGGUUUUUGAACAUUCUUUUGGAAGCCGAACAUUCAACGGCGCUUCUGUGGCUUCCGAUUGGCUGCAGGAGCUUCCUGCAGCCAAUCAGAAGCCAUGCUUUGAUUUCCAAACGUUUUGGAAGUCGAACGGACUUCCGGAACAGAUUCUGUUCGACUUCCAAGGUACGACUGUACUUGCAAACAGGCUGUCAUUGCUACCUUGUUUAAUGACAGGCAUGCAUAGCUGUCAACUUUUUUCCUUUUUUUAAGGGAAAUUCCCUUAUUCUGAAUAGGAUUCCUUGCAAGAAAAGGGAAAAAUUGACAGCUAUGCAGGCAUGGGAGAGCGGCAUUUGCACUGAGACUGCAGUUCAUGGACAGGGGAGGUUUAACCCUUCACCCCAGCCACAAUCUUGAUGAAAAUCCCCAGUGCAAGCUUUUCUCCCUAAGUAUCAGGGAUUCCCGAUUCCCACCUGCAGCCGGCAGAGACCAAAAAGGCUCUCAAUUGUGAUUUGAGGGACGUAGGCAACACUGACCCAAUGAAAGCAGCCUCUGCAUAGCUGCCUUUGCAGCCCCUCUAUCAAUGGCUCAGCCUCUCUCCUUCUCCCUCCUGGGCACUGAUCAAAAAGAGCAUCAACCUGGGACAAUGCCUUAUAUUCAGUCCAUCCAGCUCAGCCCUCCAGUUUUACCAGGAAGCUGUUUUUCCCCAGUCCUACCACUAGGGGUCAGACCCGGGACCGUCUGCAUUCAAAGCAGAUGUUCUACCACUGACCUAUGGUCCUUCCCCUACAGCUGCCCCUCCACUUGUUCUUUAUGGUUGAGCUGGCUCUGUGGGAGGAGUCAUCGCGAGCCACUCUGCUUUUCUCCCUCGUUGCUUCUGCCCUUUGUUUAUUUCUAGAUAUAUCCCUUUAAAUGGCAAAAACAGUUGUGUCUGUGUAUAAAAUUCAUUUCAUUCAAUGUAUACACUGCUUGAGUGUUAAAAAAGCAACCUAAAACACCCUCAAAGCUGUUUUCAGAAAGGUAAAGGUAAAGGGACCCCUGACCAUUAGGUCCAGUCGUGACCGACUCUGGGGUUGCGGCGCUCAUCUCGCUUUAUUGGCCGAGGGAGCCGGCGUACAGCUUCUGGGUCAUGUGGCCAGCAUGACUAAGCCGUUUCUGGCGAACCAGAGCAGUGCAUGGAAAUGCCAUUUACCUUCCCGCUGGAGUGGUACCUAUUUAUCUACUUGCACUUUGACAUACUUUCAAACUGCUAGGUUGGCAGGAGCAGGGAUCAAGCAACGGGAGCUCACCCCGUCACGGGGAUUCGAACCGCCGACCUUCUGAUCGGCAAGUCUUAGGCUCUGUGGCUUAACCCACAGCGCCACCCACGUCCCUGUUUGCAGAAAGAUAGAACAAUAAAAUCAAGAAAAAUAGCAAAACAGUGGUUUUCAACCAGUGUCUUGUGGCACCCUGGGGUGCCUUGAAUGAUGGUCAGGGGUGCCGCAGGCAACAUUGACCUCUGUUUCUCUUUCCUUCCCUCCCUUCUUCUGAUGCCCUCUCACAUCUCUGCCUCCCAAAAGCUUGCACAGCUGUUUGUUGCUGCAGCCCUGGCUACAAGGUCCCCAGGCAAAUGGUUCCACUUGGACUGGCCAGGGGGUGCUUCCCAGGCCCCUGUGGGGCAGUGUGAGGAGGCACCUCUCUUUGGGGUGCAGGGACUGACAGCUCAGAGACCAGGGGCGGCAGCUGCAGCUGCCCAAGGAUAAGGGAGAGGAAAGGAGGCUGAGGGAACGCUUCACAAGGGAAGGUGUUUGAAAAAGGGUGAGAGGCUGUUGGCUCUUCAGGCAAGGCGUGACGUACCGGUAACUGGGCUCCCUUGCCCGACAGGAGUGCUGCAGAAAAACCUGAGAAAGGUUGAAAACCUCUGCUUUAAAACAAUACAAAAAAAUAAAAGACUAACACAGAUUAAAAAUUGCAUCAGCAUUUCUAAAUACAGUGGUACCUUGGGUUACAUACGCUUCAGGUUACAUACGCUUCAGGUUACAGACUCCGCUAACCCAGAAAUAGUACCUCGGGUUAAGAACUUUGCUUCAGGGUGAGAACAGAAAUUGUGCUCCGGCGGUGCAGCGGCAGCAGGAGGCCCCAUUAGCUAAAGUGGUGCUUCAGGUUAAGAACAGUUUCAGGUUAAGAACGGACCUCCAGAACGAAUUAAGUUCUUAACCUGCGGUACCACUGUACCUGGGUAAGGGUAAAGGUAAAAGACCCCUGGACGGUUAAGUCCAGUCAAAGGUGACUAUGGGGUUGUGGCAGCGCUCAUCUCACUUUCAGGCCGAGGGAGCUGGCGUUUGUCCACGGACAGCUUUCCCGGUCAUGUGGCCAGCAGGACUAAACCACUUCUGCUGCAACAGAACACCCUGACAAACCAGAACACAUGGAAAGGCCAUUUACCUUCCCGCCACAGUGGUACCUAUUUAUCUACUUGCAUGUGAUAUGCUUUCGAACUGCUAGGUUGGCAGGAGCAGGGACCGAACAACGGGAGCUCACCCUGUCAGAGGGAUUCGAACCGCCGACCUUCCGAUCGGCAAGCCCUAGGCUCUGUGGUUGCCUAAACAAGCAUGCUUUUAGCAGGUGCCCCCAAAAAACCACAGUGAAGAUGCCUGCUUGAGAUCAAGAGGCAGGGAGUUCCAAAGUUCAGAGUAGUAGACCCGAUUGCUCCAGCUGAAGAGGUUGAGUGGGCACCUGUGGGGUAAGGCCACCUCAUAGGUAAACUAUAUCUAUAUCCAGGGAUUGCUGUUUCUAGCACUUCUCUUCUGUGCCAUUCGAGAGAUGCUUCUAGCCUGGCCAUCAAUUCAGCCCCACUGAGUUUAUUCCCAAAACUUAAGAGUUCAUUCUGAAAAAAAACACAAAAAUUCCAAAUGAAAGGCAGUCCAGAUUUAGAAUAAACUAAUUCCCAUUAAGGGAAAUACUCUAAAGAUGUCUUCAAGUGCUUAGCAGUCCACUCUGACAACCAGAGGUUGUUGUGUGGUUAAGCUUAUUUAUAGUGCUUAUUAUAGUGUAUCCUUGCAUAGCUCAGCUGGUUAGAGUGUGGUGCUGAUAACACCAAGUUCGCAGGUUCGAUCCCCAUAUGGGACAGCUGCAAAUUCCUGCAUUGCAGGGGUUGGAAUAGAUGAUCCUCAUGGUCCCUUCCAACUCUACAAUUCUAUGGUUCUAAGAAGGCUUCUCCCAGAGUUGUUAAGUCUACCUGGUGUUCAUCGAUCAAUUACUUUUGAGUCAAGAUGAGUACCUAUACCUAUACAGGGAGGGGCUGAGUGUCCAGCAGGUCUGCAACUCUGUUCUUCCUUUGGAUCAAUAUGCUGCCUUCCUUUUUGGGGAGGAGUCUUUGGGGCAACAAAAACAGGGCAUGCAAAUAAGCCCCCUUCAGUUUUAGGGAAAAGUUGCAUUUCAUAACACAGAUAAGCAUCCAAGGAAUCCGAGGAAGGAGAAGCCCUGUGGAGUGGGGAGAUACAGCCCCCCAAGUGUGGAGACUGGAGGGGAGACCCUCUCCCACCAUCUACCCAACUACAAUUUCCAGAGUUCCCUGGCAAGAAGGGUGGAUUGGUGACCACUCUGGGAAUUGCACAGCAUUGACAUCCGAUGGGAGUGUGUUCCACAGGGAGGGCGCCACUACCAAGAAGGCCCUCAGCCUGCUUCUCUGUAACUUCUCUUCUUGCAGUGAGGGUUACAGGUAAAUGACCUCUGGAUGGUUAAGUCCAGCCAAAGGCGACUAUGGGGUUGUGGCACUCAUCUCGCUUUCAGACCAAGGGAGCCGAUGUUUGUCCACAGACAGCUUUCCAGGUCAUGUGGCCAGCAGGACUAAACCGCUUCUGGCGCAACGGAACACCAUGACAGAAGCCAGAGUGCAUGGAAACGCUGUUUACCUUCCUGCCGCAGCGGUACCUAUUUAUCUACUUGCACUGUUGUGCUUUCGAACUGCUAGGUUGGCAGGAGCUGGGACAGAGCAACAGGAGCUCACUCUGUCACGGGGAUUCGAACCGCUGACCUUUGGAUCGGCAAGCCCAAGAGGCUUAGUGGUUUAGACCACAGCGCCACCCACAUCCCACGCAAUUACGUAUCGAACUGCAUCACUUGCUAUUGAAUUCUCAGUGUUUGCUUUCAUGCCAUUGUGAUUUUUGACACGAUUCUCUAUUGAUGGGAUUGUGGCUUGCCUGUUUUUAAUGCCUUGGCAUUAUUGCAAGAUGCUCUGGGCUCAGUGCUUUGCGGUUGGAGAAGUGGCAUGCGUCCUGCCGGUGCUUUCUUAGAACGAAGUUUCUUGCAAGGCAACCUAGGAAGUUACCUUGUGCAGUCAGACCAAUGGUCCUUCUUCCUCUGCAUCAUCCACCCCAAGGAUGAAGAACCUCAGACCAGUGGGCCAAAUGUGGCCCUUUGGGUGUGUUUGGCCCCUGGGACUCUCUCUCUCUCUGCCACCACACCCAAUCCUUAGCCCUCCAUAGGCUCUGUUCUGCACCCUCCGCUGGCUCCUUUGCCUGACUGGGCUGUGUCCUUGAAUUGCGAUCACGUCUCUUUCUGGGGUGGGUGGAGAGUAGAAACCUUUGGCUUUCGCAUGGCUGGAAUGCAGCCUAGUGUACGAAAGGGAGAGUUGCGUCCAAUUCUCUGCCCUCUUUCACCCCUGGCCCCCGUACCACAGGCAUGUGGCCCUUGGAAAGUUGCCCAGGAUGGAAUGUGGAUCUUGGGCUGAGAAUGUUUCCCAUUCCUGCCCUGACUGGGUGUGGCUCUCCAGGGUUUUGCAUAGGAGUCCUUGGAUGGAAAUGCCAAACAUUGGGGUUUUCUGGGCACAGAAGCAAGUGUUCUUCCACUGCUGUGGCUCUCCUGUGGCUCAUUGUGUGUGUGUGUGUGUGUGUGUGUGUGUGUGAGAGAGAGAGAGAGAGAGAGAGAGAGAGAGAGAGGCAUUGCUCUGUGUUCAAGAUGUCUUCAGAUUCACAGAUUACCUUCUUUAUAGACUGAGAAUCCCAAAGCUGAGACAAGUCCUGACAUGAAGCUAUUUUUACAGACUCAACUUCACCUUUCCUCAUUUUCCAUUUCACUUCAUUGAUUAGACUUAUUUGUCGCCUGUCUCCCAAAGGUCUCCAAGCGACUUACAUCAAAAAGGGGGGAAAGGGGUGGGGUGGGGGGAAGGAUAUUCAAUAUACAGUGGUACCUUGGGUUACAUACGCUUCAGGUUACAUACGCUUCAGGUUACAGACUCCGCUAACCCAGAAAUAGUAGCUCGGGUUAAGAACUUUGCUUCAGGAUGAGAACAGAAAUCAUGCUCCGGUGGCGCAGCGGCAGUGGGAGGCCCCAUUAGCUAAAGUGGUGCUUCAGGUUAAGAACAGUUUCAGGUUAAGAACGGACCUCCGGAACAAAUUAAGUACUUAACCCGAGGUACCAUAACCCAAGGUACCUUUCCAAUGUAGAAAUGUUGGAGGUUAUGGAAUAGAAUGUCCUUACUUUCAUUGGAAGGGACGCGGGUGGCACUGUGGGUUAAACCACAGAGCCCAGGACUUGCCGAUCAGAAGGUUGGUGGUUCGAAUCCCUGCGACGGGGUGAGCUCCCAUUGCUUGGUCCCUGCUCCUGCCCAACUAGCAGUUCAAAAGCACGUCUAAGUGCAAGUAGAUAAAUAGGUACUGCUCUGGUGGGAAGGUAAACGGCGUGCGCUGCUCUGGUUCGCCAGAAGCAGCUUAGUCAUGCUGGCCACAUGACCCGGAAGAUGUACGCCGGCUCCCUCGGCCAGGAAAGCGAGAUGAGCGCCGCAACCCCAGAGUCCUCCGCGACUGGACCUAAUGGUCAGGAAUCCCUUUACCUUUUACCUUACUUUCAUUGGGGGAAUGUUGGAGGCUCUGGAGACUAGUUCAGGUACAGACCUCCCCAUCUGUAAAAUGUGUACUUCCCUUCCCCUCAGAAUAUACUUAAUUCCUUAACCGUAGGCUAGAAGUGUGUGGCAUGACUUGAGUAUGUGACUCACGUAAAGCAUCCAAAUCAGCUUUCUGCAUAAAAAUAUAUAGACAUAAAACACAUUCGCGACCUGCAAUCUCAGAAGUAGCCAAUAGAUGUCAAGGGACUACAACUCCCAUGAGUCCAGCCAGCAUGGCCAAUGGUUAGGGACGAUGGCCAGUGAUCUGGAGGACCCCACACUGGCUGUUUCUGCUAUACAUGCUUAUCAUGAAAUAAAUGCAGGGGAAUUAAACAGGGGUUAUUUCUGAGUAGAGAUGCAUUUGACUGCACCCAAACUAUUAAAUGGAAACCAAGCAGCGAAAAGCGCGGUAUGCCCUGCUAACGUAAUAAGGGGAGUGGACUUAGGAAUUCAGCUGAGCUCCAAUCUACACACAUUCAGCUAUUGGGCACACAAUAUUUAUUCUCUUUUAUAGAUGAUUUGCCCAAUGAGGCAGAGGAGCAUGCUGACUCUUGCAAUGAAAACACCCCCCAGCAUAGCUUCUGUCUCGCUUCCGGGACGUCUGCGAUCUAGCAGACUAAACAAUUUCGGCAGAAAAUACUCUAGACAUCCUGCCAGUGAGUGGGAGGGAGGGACGGAGUAAAUAUGUGGCAUUAUUUUUAUUUUUACCCAAGCGUAAGGCAGCACCUCCCACUCCGCGGACUUCAAACACGCUUGCUAAUCUCCUUUCAUUUUGUGCCAAAUUUCCCCCGUACGUAACCUCGGCUCUGUUGAAACAUCCCACAUUCAAACAGCAGGAAAGGUCACUUGCUGUUAAUCGGAGCUGGAUCAAGUCCUUUUUUCAAAGAGCAAGAAUGGGGAGUUGUUUCAUUAUCCACACAACCAUUCUGAAAGGGCUGAUAGUGUCUUGAGCAGCGUGUGGAAUUUGAGUGUGGAAUCUGAACUCGGAUCCGCUGGUCUAUACCAGAGUUGGGCGAUAUAUUGAUAAACUAUAUCAGAGCUCCACCUGCCUGCCUGCCUGCUUGCCUAAGGUGGGGAGGAAGAAGCAGCUGAGUUGCAUUCCAGAUAUCGUGAUAUAUCAGCAUAUCAUGGUAAUUAGCUGCUGAUAUCUUCUUUGGCGAUCACUCGUAGCUGAGUCAGAUUAUCUUCCAUAAACAUGGUUUUAAAAGUAAUUCAGUAAGUGACUGUGGAGGCCAAUUCUGGAUCCACACAUACUUCCACAGUGGGGACAUUGGUUCCCGGAUGGGAGUUGAUCACGGUGAGGGUUUGCCUCCUGCCACUACAAGUUCUCACAUCUAUCGGUCCGGCAAAUUACGUGGAAGUCCACAUGCCUGUGAUGUGCAGAUUAAUCAUCAUCUUCUUAUUUGGUGAUCACUUGUAGCAGAAUAAGAUCGUCUUCCAUAAACACGGUUUUAACAAUGAGUCCGUACGUGACUGUGGAGGCCAAUUCUGGAUCCACACGUCCUUCAACAGUGGGGCCAUUGGUUUCCAGGCGGGAGUUGAUCACAGUGUGGAUUUGCCAAGCGUGCCUUCCUCUUAGCACAUUUCUUCCUUGCGUCCUGAGUUCAAGUGUCUUCAAAGCCCAUGACACCUUUGGUAAAGGUUGUUCUCCAACUGAAGCGCUCGCAGGCCAGUGUUUCCCAGUUGCCGGUGUUUAUACUACAUUUUUUUUUAGAUUUGCCUUGAGACAGUCUUUAAACUUCUUUUGUUGAUCACCAGCAUUACGCUUUCCAUUUUUUAAUUAGGAAUAGAGUAGUUGCUUUGGAAGACAAGAAUCAGGCAUCUGCUGCUGAUAUAUUACGAUGCUGAAAACCAAAUAUUGCCCAGCCCUAGUCUAUACCCAAGAUUCUGUCUAGUGUAAAGGUAAAAAAAACUAAAGGGCCUCUGGAUGUUGAAGUCCAGUCAAAGGUGACUAUGGGAUGUAGCACUCAUCUUGCUUUUCAGGCCAAGGGAGCCGAUGUUUGUCCGCAGACAGCUUUCUGGGUCAUGUGGCCAGCAUGACUAAACUGCUUCUGGCACAAUGGGACACAGUGACAAGUAUCCACCACUUGCCCUACUGUUAGGUAAAGCAGUGGGGGAUUUUGGCGCUCUCAAAUUUCAGUGGUGCCCUGUGCGAUGCUAAAACAUAGUGACCCCCCCCCCCAGCUCUCGCUCUCCAUUCUACAGCAUUGCUGUGGCGCCCCCUGCUGCUCUGGAGGAACUCCCACUUCGCUCAAAAGAGGCCAGUCCAACUCUACAACUCUGUGAUUCUGUAAUUUCUGUAUCUAUAGCCUUAAUCGUUGUCCUCUUGCCUCAAAAUCACCAGUGCAUUUGGGACUGAUCUGGACUGAGAGCCAAGUAGAUGUGGGCUUUUUAAUUGCAUGUGCAAUUCAUUUUUUUAAAAAACCAUAACUUUUUAUAUGCUUGUAGCUAGGAGGGGAGUUUGAAUCCCACCCCCCUUAAAUUGUGAGCCACUUUGAGUCCUGAUUCUGGGGGAAAGGCAGUAUAUAUUAUGUGGGGAGAAGAAGGUUAGGGAGAUAUAACACUUUGUCUCCCACUAUGGAUCAAGGCCCCUAUUUGCUUCAAUUUCCUAUGCAGAUUCAAACUCUCCUAUUCUUGCUAUCCAUAUCCUGAUCCAUAUCUGAGCUUGCAACCUGUGUGCCAAAAUAACUCCUGCACUUUAGGGCACAGGUAUCAAGCUAGAAUCUUGCCAAUUUUGGACCAGAAUACAUUAGCAGCACCAUAUCCUGCCAUGCUCCCAAGUGAAACUCAAGGAAGAUGUGGACUGUGAAUCAAAGCAACUAGAUACCCCAGCAAAAGUUUUCACCUGACACCCUGCCCUCCUUCAUUCUCAGUCUGGUCUUUCAAACAAAGUGUGGCCUCAAUUUUGCCUCAAUGCUGCCCCCUUAUGUUUAAAUGUUUCUUUUUUUCUUUCUUUCUUUAUAUCAGGGGUCAGCAAACUUUUUCAUCAGGGGGCCAGUCCACUGUCCCUCAGACCUUUUGGGGGGCAGGACUGUAUUUUUUGGGGAGGGGAGGAAUGAACAAAUUCCUAUGCCCCACAAAUAACCCAGAGAUGCAUUUUAAAUAAAAGGACACAUUCUACUCAUGUAAAAACACGCUGAUUCCCGGACCGUCUGCGGGCCAGAUUUAGAAUCUGAUUGGACCGGAUCUGGCCCCCAGGCCUUAGUUUGCCUACCCAUGCUUUUUAUGAUAAAGUUUUGUUAACACUUCUUGCAUCACAAUAAAAGGCAAACUUUGUUGUUGUUUAGUUGUUUAGUUGUGUCCGACUCUUCGUGGCCAAAGUAUUGGAGUCUCAGCUUCAGGAUCUGUCCUUCCAGUGAGCACUCAGGGCUGAUUUCCUUAAGAAUGGAUAGGUUUGAUCUUCUUGCAGUCCAUGGGACUCUCAAGAGUCUCCUCCAGCACCAUCAUUCAAAAGCAUCAAUUCUUCAGCAAUCAACCUUCUUUAUGGUCCAGCUCUCACUUCCAUACAUCACUACUGGGAAAACCAUUGCUUUAACUAUACGGACCUUUGUUGGCAAGGUGAUGUCUCUGCUUUUUAAGGUGCUGUCUAGGUUUGUCAUUGCUUUUCUCCCAAGGAGCAGGCGUCUUUUAAUUUCGUGACUGCUGUCACCAUCUGCAGUGAUCACAGAGCCCAAGAAAAUAAAAUCUCUCACUGCCUCGAGGUGAUGGGACCAGUGGCCAUGAUCUUAGGUUGUUUGAUGUUGAGCUUCAGACCAUAUUUUGCACUCUCCUCUUUCACCCUCAUUAAAAGGCAAAGUAAUUACAUACAAAAAAGAAAAAGUAAAAAUGAAGGAGGAAAAAAAGAAUAGAGAAAAAAGAUAGAAGAGAUGGAUAAGUACAGAAUCCUCUCUCACAGAUACAUCUUAACUUUUGUCCUUCUCUUCUCCCAGCCUCUCACUUCCUGGGUGGGAGCGAAAGAGAAAUUGCAUGUUCCCCGCAACCAGUGCAAUGGUUCCAUUUGCAAAAGGAACUGAGAUGCAAUGAAAACCAAGUUACUCCACAGCUGUCUGGGUGUGCCAGAAUUUUACCCACUGUUUCUGUUUCAAACACGGAGUCCAGAACUAAUAAGCAGAAUCCAAAAGCCACAAUUCUGAGCCCUUUCUGAGAGUCUGCCAAGUGCAGCCUCAGCCAAAGCAGCCUUGUUGACUAAAUUUCCAGCCGAGGCUAUUUCUGCACAGAUCCCUGUGCUCUUUACAAGGUGAAGAAAAGGAGAAUUACAAAAAAAAAAGUACUGUUUGCUUUCAGGUUGCACUUUCUUGUUGAUACAGCUGCAUGUGUUCCACCUAGAUAAACACCUCGACUACAAACAAGGCAUUAAAAGUGUAUAAUGUUUUUUAAACUUUCUGCCUUCCAUUUGUUUUCCAUGCUGAAUUCAUACUGGGUGAGAUGCAGUCAAAAUUAAUUGCGCCCCCCCAUCCCAUUGAUUUCGAGUUGAUAGAUAUUUAAGCCUUGUACAAAGGGUAGGUGACCUUUCUCAUCCGGAGGGCUACAUUUCCUUCUGGGCAACUUUGAGAGGGCCAUAUUAUUAUUAUUAUUAUUAUUAUCACUAGCCUCAUCAUUAUUUGUAUACUGCCUUUCAUCCACAGAUCUCAGGACGGUUCACAACAUAAAACCACAAUACAGAAACCACAAAAUACAUAGUAAAAAUAGUUGGUAAUGGGCUAACAGGAAUUAGAACUAGUUACAGGUAGGUAGCCGUGUUGGUCUGCCGUCAUCGAAACAAAAUAAAAAAAUUCCUUCCAGUCGCACCUUAGAGACCAACUAAGUUUGUUAUUGGUAUGAGCUUUCCUGUGCAUGCAUGAAUUAGAAUUAGAAUUAGGAAUUAGAAAUCACAAAAUUCAACUCUGAAACCCUGGCAACGUCCUUCAUUCCUUGCAGCCCCUGACUUUUUGCAGACAACCAUGUAAUCAAGUCGUUGAGCUUUGAGGGGACACUUAAGUUAAGGAAACACCCCAGUCACAUAUCUUCAGGGAAAUUCAACAGAAGAAAAAUCUAAGCAGGUAGGAAAAUGGCUGUAAAGGGUGAUGUUUAUUGCAUGCAACAGACUAUCUGUCAAAAAAGGAGGAGGAGGAGAUGGAGCAAUGAACGUAAAGCUUGCUGUUCGACAUUAGGGUAAUACCUGCACAUGCUCACACAGCCCUCUCUGUUCUCCAUCCAAGGAAGCAAGAGGCAUCAUGGGAAUUCAGGGUGAUCUCACAGCCAGGGGAGGAGGCAGGAAGGUUCAAAGUAGGACCAGUGCCUUGGGCAGGGGGUGUAACCUGGGGAGGCUUUCAAGGGCCUAUUACCAAUUACUAAUAAUUAUUCAUUUUUAUUCAUUUAUUAAUUUAUUAAUAAUUGAUUAAUAUUUAAUUAAUAAUAAUUAAUAAUAAUUUAUUAUUAUUAUUAUUAUUAUUAUUAUUAUUAUUAAUUAUUCACCCAUACCCUCCGACAUUUAGCCUGUAAAAGAGGAGACUGAGAGGAGAUAUGCUAGCCAUCUUCAAAUAUCUCAAGGGCUGUCACCUGGAAGAGGGAAUAAGCUUGCCUUCUGUUAUGUAUUCAGUGGUCUGUGUUUGCCUGAGCUUGAGUCUGGACUAAGGAUUCUGAGCUCCUGAUUCGAUACAAGAUGUCCAAUCACAGAACAUUUCAGGAUUUGGGCCACUGCCAUUGGCCUUGAACUCUGAGUCGUGAUUCGCAGCUUGGAAGUUUAGACAGCCAAUCACGUUGGGAGUGGGAGUGGCCCAGGCUUUCAGGAAUGUAUAUAAGCGGUUGCUUUGCCCCUGUUUCCCAGUGAUGUAGUUCAAUAAAGGCUCUUGCUGUUACCACUGUGUCUUGCCUCGUGGGGACCCACCUACACUUCACCUUCUCCUGCCCUCAGUGGCGUAGCGUGGGUUGUCAGCACCCGGGGCAAGGCAAGUAAUUUGCACCCCCUAACCCGUGGAUUUGCGCCCCCUAACCCUAACCCCCAGAUGUUGCGCCCGGUGCGGCCGGCCCCCCCUGCACCCCCCACGCUACGCCACUGCCUGCCCUAGAGGGUAGGACUCAAACUCAUGGCUUCAAGUUACAAGGAAGGAGAUUCCGACUAAACGUCAGGGAAAAUUUUCUGACAGUAAGAGCUGUUUGACAGUGGAAUGGCCUCCCUCAGGAGAUUGUGGACUCUACUCCUUUGGAGGUUUUUAUGUUGAGUCCCAAAACUGGGAUGCACGUCUUCCCGUGCGAAUCAUCCACACAAGAUCACGGAGCCCCAAAGAUACACAUUUUUUCAGUGUUGUGCUCUCAUGGAGCCCCAAAAUGCACAUUUUGGGGUUGCAAACAAUACCAUGUCCCCCCAAAGUGUGUUUUUUUUUGGGGGGGGAGAGAUCACGGUAACCAAAAUGGCCGCUGUGCUCUCGUUGGGGGAAAUGGAUGUCCCGUUUUUUUCAGGACGUUUGUGGGGUAUGAGGGCUGCAAAUUGUCAACGUGGGAAAGUGAACCAGGUAUUCCCCAGUUCCUACAUAAAUCAAAUACUGUUGGCGAAGAAACCCCAAAUGGAAGGAGAAUCAACAGCAGAUUCUUCCCAUCUCCCCCUGCCCGUAACGCUGAAUUCCUUCUGCCUGACCAAACAGAGAAAGAAGAAAAUAAGUUUGGUGACUCUUCUGGGAAAACGUACAAGAAUGCCGAGCAUUAAGCGAUGCUGCCAACCCAAGCAACUUUUCGACCAAGAAGAAUGUAUGUGGUCCUUCAUUUCUCAUUUUAAUUAGAUGUAUGUGGGAAUCUGGAACUCAAAAAAGACUUUCCCACAUGCUUCCCACAGACAUCUUUACCGUGCAAUGCAACUGGAAAUCCAUCUUGCAUCUCAGUUAAAAAUAGCAAAUUGGGCUAAUCCAGCCAUAAGUCUCUAUAGGCUGGUCUAUAUAUUGCAUCAACAAAUGUAGCUUUUUUAAAAAAUAAAAAAGCGCUCUCUCUCUCUCUCUCGUUUCACUUGUCCUCCUUACAGCCUCGCUGGGUGGUCCCAAAAAUUGAUCCUGAGGGAUCCUACAAUCCUCCAGAUUAUGCAUCUGGGCCAACUAGGCUGGCUGUUGGGAUGCGAAUACAUGCUAGGAGAUGAUAUAUUUAUUAGGUAUUAUCCUUUCUUCCCCACGUUUGUGAGUUCAGCAGGAUACAUCCCUUUGCAGCUUAAAAGGGAAGCUUAGAUAGGAGAGUUUUAGCUGUUUAGUUUAAGUAAUCCAGGGAUGGAUCUACACACAGGGGGGCGGGAACUCUAUACAUAAGUCAGACAUUAGAUCGUUAUAACAAUAAUAACAAAAACCCCUAUGGAAAAAGGUGUAUAAAAAUUUCCUGCUCUCUGGCGCCAUCUGGUGUUGCAUGUUUAUAACGCCUUCAAAUCGUUGUUUCUUUACUAAUGUAGCUGAGUCCCAGGAUGCUUUGAGGCAGACUGGAUCCUUCCGGUGUUUCCCCCUCUUCUCCCCCUUAAAACAAUCAUCGGGGGGAAAUAACAUUUACUCACUCACACCUCCAUCGUUCUGCCCGGACACUGAGGUCCAGCGCCGAGGGCCUUCUGGUGGUUCCCUCACUGCGAGAAGCCAAGUUACAGAGAACCAGGCAGAGGGCCUUCUCGGUAGUGGCACCCGCCCUGUGGAACGCCCUCCCACCAGAUGUCAAAGAGAAGAACAACUACCAGACUUUUAGGAGACAUCUGAAGACAGCCCUCUUUAGCUUUUAAUGUUUAAUAGGUUAUUGUAUUUUAGUGUUUUGUUGGAAACCACCCAGAGUGGCUGGGGAAACCCAGCCAGAUGGGCAGGGUAUUAAUAUUAUUAUUAUUAUUAUUAUUAUUAUUAUUAUGCUUGCUGAAGAGUAACAGAAACAGCAGCUUCGUUCAGGUAGGCUUAAAAUGGUAAAUCAAUUCCAAAUACAGUGGUACCUCAGGUUACAUACGCUUAAGAUUACAUACUCUGCUAACCCAGAAAUAGUACCUCGGGUUAAGAACUUUGCUUCAGGAUGAGAACAGAAAUUGUGCGGCGGUGGCACGGCGGCAGUGGGAGGCCCCAUUAGCUAAAGUGGUGCUUCAGGUUAAGAACAGUUUCAGGUUAAGAACGGACCUCCAGAACGAAUUAAGUUCAUAACCUGAGGUAUCACUGUAUACGUUUAAGUCUAACUUAAGAUAGACUUGCUGGCAGAGCGGAAAGAGAUCAAAAGAGGAAGAGAAUGUGCCCAGAUAGGAGACUUAAGCUAUGCCCACCUUUGUCAGGGCACAGUGGGAAUGUCUCUCACAGAGUUCUCUCUAGCAAUUUACAGGAAAACUCUGUGAGAUUUGGCUCCUGCCGCAUGCAUAUCUAGCAAAACAUGAAUUGUUGGUUUGACUGGGCUUUAAAUAUCCCACGCUGGUGGCAGCAUCUGCCACCUUCAGGCACCAAGCAGCUGGCACAGCUCCUUAGUGCUGAUGUUGACAUCCAGUUGGGACUUCCUGCCUGAACAUCUCUCCAGCUUUAUGCUUAGCCAGCAAUGGUGGCUGGAUCUGGGAAGCCACUAGGUGACAACUAUACUUUGGAACUCCUUGCCACUACAUAUGAGGAAGUCUCUAUUGCCUUUUCAGGAUGCAGGUGGCACUGUGGUCUAAACCACAGAGCCUAGGGCUUGCAGAUCAGAAGGUUGGCGGUUCAAAUCCCCAUGACGGGGUGAGCUCCAUUGUUUGGUCCCUGCUCCUGCCCACCUAGCAGUUCAAAAGCACGUCAAGUGCAAGUAGAUAAAUAGGCACCACUCUGGCGGGAAGGUAAACGGUGUUUCCGUGCGCUGCUCUGGUUUGCCAGAAGUGGCUUAGUUAUGCUGGCCACAUGACCUGGAAGCUGUACGCUGGCUCCCUCGGCCAAUAAAGCGAGAUGAGCGUCGCAACCCCAGAGUCGUCCGUGACUGGACCUAACAGUCAAGGGUCCCUUUACCUUUACCUAUUGCCUUUUCGGUGCCUGUUGAAGACCUUCCUCUCCCUGCAAGCCUUCUUUUAUCCAGUGCAAUUUUUUUCUAGAAAAAGAGGUGCUGGAACUCACCAGGAACGCUUCCCUUGUUUUCUUAUCAUGGCAAUGGCACCCACCGGAGAGGUGCUGAAACUGAGUUCUGGUGAGUUCUGGCUGCAAAAAAGCACUGCUUUUAUGCCAGUUGGUCUCUGGACUGGAUCUAGACUUGUUUCUCAGGCAUUUGAAAUUGUACAGAGUUGUACGAAUCAACAAACGUCCGCUCCGUGUUACAAGCACAUGUGCAUUCGUCCAAACAGCUUGUUCCUGUGUUCGGUGUAAUGUGUGAGUAAGCCUAUAGCAAAGGUGAUGGGAGCUGGUGAUGGGAGCUUGUUCCGCAUCCCUGAUACAUUGAAUGGUGUCUUAUUUCUCCAGAGGUAUAACAAUUUGUAAUUCUGAUUUUAGCUUGGCUGGUUCGUGCUUUUUUUGUUUUGGGUUGCAGCUGCUGCUGUGGGGUGGUGGUCAAAUUCUAUUAUAAUUUUGAUUUCUGAAAGGAGGGUUGUACACAUCACCGCUAGUGAAACUUGCAAUUGCCGGCUCAGAAAAUAUUUGCACCACUAGGUGGAGCCGCAAGAAAAGGCAGCGGAGCCUGCAGCAAGUAUCUCUUUGUUAUACUACUACAUUUACUACUGGGUAAUCAUUGCCAAUUAUUUUCAACUGGCCCAUUCCAAUGCUUUGCAUAAUAGUGGACAACAAAAUAAAUUUUCCCUUUGCAAAUGGGUCAUUUGCUAAAUGUAGCUUGCUUUCUAGUGGCACAAAAAGGGAGUCAGUUUUAAAAGAUGGCAACUGUGCUUUCCUUCUAAUCAACAGAAAUAUAGUGUUCACAUCAAAGGAAGUAAUAGUACUGCUCUAUUCUGCUUUGGUGAAACCACACCUGGAAUACUGUGUCCAGCUGUGGGUGCCACAAUUUAAGGAGGAUAUUGACAAGCUGGAACGUGAGCAGAAGAAGGCAAGCAAGAUUAUCAAGGGUCUGGAAACCAAGCCUGAUGAGGAACAGUUGAGGGAAUUUGGGAGGGAGCCAUCUUGUCUGUUAUCUCAAGCACUACCGGCUCUACCAUUAGGCACGUUGGGGCAGCCACCACCAUUGGCAGAUACUGAGAGAUAGGGGCUUCCCCCUACUAUUCCCCUAAACUCACCUGCCCUGCAACCCCUAUCACAGUCUAAUAUUCUCAGAUUUUGUGGAGGAUGCAUCCUUGUCAGCCCAGUUGGGUUUUCUAUGAGGAAUCAGAGGCUGCCAUCUUGUCCUUUGCAUCAGACAGCAAAAUAUAUUGGGCUGCCUCUGACCUCGGGCAGCAAAAUACCUUGAGCAAGAUCGGAUGCUGGUCAUUAUUAUUAAUUAAGAUCUACACACAGCUUCCUCAUAGCUAGUUAUCAACAUCCCCAGUGUUACUUGUCUGCGUAUGGGGUGGUUGAGGAAUGAUUCUGUUGCAGGCUUCUUCUUAAUUAAGGUCCCUCUAUAUACUUAAAGGUAAAGGGACCCCUGACCAUUAGGUCCAGUCGUGGCUGACUCUGGGGUUGCAGCGCUCAUCUCGCUUUAUUGGCCGAGGGAGCCAGUGUACAGCUUCUGGGUCAUGUUGCCAGCAUGACUAAGCCGCUUCUGGCAAACCAGAGCAGUGCACAGAAACGCCGUUUACCUUCCCGCCAGAGUGGUACCUAUUUAUCUACUUGCACUUUGACGUGCUUUCGAACCGCUAGGUUGGCAGGAGCAGGGACCGAGCAACGGGAGCUCACCCCAUCGCGGGGAUUCGAACCGCCGAACUUCUGAUUGGCAAGUCCAAGAGGCUCUGCGGUUUAACACUGAGUAAAUUAUAAAUUAUUUGCGAAUUAUAAAUAAAUUGUAAAUUAUUACCAUGCAGGGUUGUUGUACGUGGAUAUAGCCUGUUUCAUUCUUACAUCACAUGAGCUCCUUGGAGGAAGGGUAGAAUACUUUGCUUUUGUUUAAGUAAGAAAAAGUGGAGAACUAUUAUUUGAAAGUAUUAUUCGGUGAUCAAUGGGCAUCAAAAUGAAUUGCAUGUUCUACGUGACCUUGGAUUCACUUAUGGUCUUCAGAAGACUGGAUGAAAAGCUUCAAGAGAACCUGAAAAUUAUUAACUAAAUACUAUUAACAAAGGGAAAUCAACAAAUUCCAUUGCUGUGGUUGUGGGAACUCCUGCCUCUUAAGCAAUGGGAAUGAAAUGUCUUUUCUAGUCCGUACGAAAGGGACAUGAUUAACUUUGCAAUUGAAGCUUUAAUUUUGGCAUUAAAGGCCAGACCUUUUAAGGGUGAAAAAGCAAAAGCAAAACACUUUAGUAACUUUAGAUCCCAGGAAAGUGAACAAAACCCAUAGCUAGCAUGCAAGACAAACCAAUGAAUAGGACCGAAAAUUGCCUGCGAGAACGCCAGGCUAUAUUCAAUUCCUACAAUGACGUCCAUUCCAGUUCUAUCUCCUGAGAACUCACUCCUGGGGUAAUUGUUCAGCAGAAAGGCACUGCGGUCCCUGACAGGUGCAAGAAGCUAUUCUUCUUGGGAGCCGUCCAAACUCACAGGUCAGGCGUAAUCUUCUCACAGGAAUAAGCAGAGGAAAUAGGUCAGGCCUUGGACUGAUCCCUCCAGAACCGCCCAAUGACCUGGGGAACAUGUGCUCAGUGCAAUCUACCCAAUGGCAAACAAUUGCGGCAUUGCACCCCUUCCCCAUCUUGAAGUGAUGAAAUUUCCAGGCCGUCAUGGAAAACAAACAAAAGUAUGAAUUGCAAUGCAUUGCAUCCUGAUGUUGCUACCGAAUUGAUGGAUACUACCGAAUUUCAGGCUGGAACAUAGGAAGCAUCCUUAAACUGAGUCAGGCUAUUGAUCUGUCCUGCUCAGCGUCAUAAUAUUGGAUAGAAGCAGUGCUUCCCUGUUAAGCGUAAUUGUUUAGUUGACCUUGAAAUGAAAAUAACUCUCUCUGUGUUUUAAUGUGUAUUGUUGAAAGUUUAACUGGGAAAUUUCAUUGGGGUAUAUAUAUCCUAAAGCUAAGAAGGGCUCUCUAAGCACCUAGAUGGGUUGAUAAUAAACUGUUGGUGUUCUCUGUUAGCUCUCAUGUGGUGUUUAACCUUAGGUCUUGUGAGAGAGGUGUUCAGUUGCAAAUUGCCAUCUUGGGGAAUUGGUCCUUGAGUCUUUCUCUGGGAGUCACAGAGAACAGAGGAUGUGCUUAUGAGGUUACUCUCCUGAAGAGAAAACAGGCUAAUGGAGUCUGUGUGGAGAGAGACAGACUUCUGAUUCUAGGUCUGUUGGGAGUAAUCUAAUAUUUCUAAGAAGAUGAGCCUAUGCUUGGACAAGCAUAUGAGUGAAGCUUUUGAAUCAUAUUUAUGGGUCUGAACAAUUUUUAUCCCAAUAAGAGUCAGUUUGGGGGCAUAUAGUGGUACCUUGAGUUACGAACUUAAUUCAUUCCAGAGGUCUGUUCUUAACCCGAAACUGUUCUUAACCUGAGGCAUGCUUUCGCUAAUGGGGCCUCCCGCUGCCGGCGCACCACCGGCAUGCAAUUUUCGUUCUCAUCCUGGGGCAAAGUUCUCACCCUGAGGUACCACUUCCGGGAUAGCGGAGUUUGUAACCCAAAGUGUUUGUAACCCGAAGCGUUUGUAACCCCAGGUACCACUGUAUAAAGAGUCAGUUUUUUAGGCAAUAAGAGUCAGUUUUUAGCUGUUUUAGCUGCCUCAAGCUCUGCAAUAUUAAUAUCUGCACUAUUUCCCUCCCCUGCCCUUGUUGAAAUUACCUUGAUAAUAGUGCCGUAGGUGCCAGCACAAAAUGGCUAUCAUGGGCAGUGGGAAAAAGACAUGGCAGAGAAGAACCAUAGCUCAGUGGCAGAUCAUCUGUAUUGCAAGCAGAAGGUCCUGAGUUCAAGUCCUGGCAUCACCAGGUAUGGCUGAGAAAGACUCCUGCCUGAAACCCUGGGAGUGUAGACAAUACUGAGCAAGGUAGGCCAAAGGUCUGGCUCUGUACAAGUCCUAGGUUUCUAUGUUCUCCAUACCAGUCAGUACCAGCACUGGGUAGAUCUGUGAAGCAGGAGAGAUUAGUGAACCUGUCACUGGAUUCCUGAAGGCUUCAUGAGUUUCCCUGCUAAGCUUUUUCUUCUUUUCUGACCCAGGUCUUUGCCCAGAACAUCACGACCACGACUACCAUGUCACCCCCUGUCACCUCCUCCGCGACCGAGGCUUACGUGCGGACGCAGUACUGUAAGUGGCCGUGCGAAUGUCCGAAGACGCCGCCCGUUUGCCCGGCGGGCGUCAGCCUGAUGACCGACGGCUGUGAGUGCUGCAAGACGUGUGCCAAGCAGUUGGGGGAGAACUGCACAGAAGCGGACACUUGCGACGUCCACAGGGGGCUGUACUGUGACUACAGCAGAGACAGACCUAGGUACGAAAUAGGAGUGUGUUCACGUAAGUGAUGUACCUCUUUCUUUUUGCCAGAGAUACGGGUCAUGGCGCUUCCCGUCGGUCUGAAGGUUUCCCAGGCUGUUUCUUCUCUUAAAGUAGACUGAGAAAGGCAGGAUGGAUAUUCAGUGGGACCGGUCUUGAAAGACCUACAUUGGCUCCCAGUAUGUUUCCGAGCACAAUUCAAAGUGUUGGUGCUGACCUUUAAAGCCCUAAACAGCCUCGGCCCAGUAUACCUGAAGGAGCGUCUCCACUCCCAUCAUUCAGCCUGGACACUGAGGUCCAGCUCUGAAGGCCUUCUGGCAGUUCCCUCAUUGCGAGAAGUGAGAUUACAGGGAACCAGACAGAGGGCCUUCUCGGUAGUGGCACCCACCCUGUGGAACGCCCUCCCACCAGAUGUCAAAGAGAACAACUACCAGACUUUUAGAUGACAUCUGAAGGCAGCCCUGUUUAGGGAAGCUUUUAAUGUUUGAUGCAUUACUGUAUUUUAAUAUUGUGUUGGAAGCCUCCCAGAGUGGCUGGGGAAACCCAGCGGGGUAUAAAUAAUAAAUUAUUAUUAUUAUUAUUAUUAUUAUUAUUAUACCUCGGUUUUUGAACGUCUCCGUUGAUGAACAUUUCGGUUUUCGAACGCCAUAAACCCGGAAGUAAAUGCUUCGGUUUUCAAACACGCCUCAGAAGUCGAACAUGCCACGCGGCUUCUGCUGAGUGCAGGAUCCUGAGGCCUAGCUGUCGGCUAUUGAGUUUUUGGUUUGCAAAUGUUUCAGGACUUGGUCUUCCGGAACGGAUUGCGUUUGAAAACCAAGGUGCCACUGUAAAUGCAUUAAAUAAAAUAAUAAUAACCACAACAAUGACGUUGUGAAGCAUUGUGAGGGUUCAGUUAGCUUGGCCACCACUUUGAGAUCCUUUGCUUCUGGAUUUGCCUUGUUUCACUCUAGCAACAUCUGGCAACGUUGCUUCUUUUUCUUUUUCUUUAUGCCAGAGGUUUUCAACCUUUUUGAGUCCACGACUCCCUUAACCAACUACAUUCUUUCUGCUGCACCCCUGUGGGACUCAGGAGCCCAAUUAUGUCAUCUCUUGCCUGCAGAGCCAGCAGCCUCUCACCCUUUUUCGAACACCCUCCCUUGUGGAGUGUUCCCUCAGCCCCCUAUCCUUGGGAGUCUUCUAAAGGUAAAGGUAAAGGGGACCCCUGGCCAUUAGGUCCAGUCGUGGCCGACUCUGGGGUUGCAGCGCUCAUCUCGCUUAAUUGGCCGAGGGAGCCGGCAUACAGCUUCCGGGUCAUGUGGCCAGCAUGACUAAGCCGCUUCUGGCAAACCAGAGCAGUGUACGGAAACGCCGUUUACCUUCCCGCCGGAGCGGUACCUAUUUAUCUACUUGCACUUUGACGUGCUUUCAAACUGCUAGGCUGGCAGGAGCUGGGACCGAGCAACGGGAGCUCACCCCGUCGCGGGGAUUCAAACCGCCGACCUUCUGAUCAGCAAGUCCUGGGUGGGAGUCUUCUAGGCAGCUGCAACUGCCGACCCUUGUCUCUCAACUGCCCCUCCCCACCCCAAAGAAGAGGUGCCUCCUCACACUGCCCCACAGGGCCCUGGGAAGCACCCCCUGGCCAGCCCCAGAGGCCCCAUUCGCCUGACGAGCUUGUAGCCCUGGCUGCUGCAACAAACAGCUGUGCAAGCCUUUGGGAGCCAGAGAUGCAAGAGGGCAUCAGAAGAAGGGAGGGAAGGAAAGAGAAACAGAGGUCAGUGUUGCCUGCAGCACCCCUGACCAUCAUUCAAGGCACCCCAGGGUGCCACAAGACACUGGUUGAAAACCACUGAUUUAUGCAUUUUCCAAUUUCCAUUGUACACCAUACAUAUUUCAUCUGACAUUGUUUCUGCGCAGAUUUUCCAACCUGAACUUCAGUGGCAUUCUAACAAAGCCUUAAUUUGCUGCAUCUCCAUUAAUUUCUCCACCCUUUUUUAAUUCCCGUCCUUUCUUACUGUUCUUCAAAGAAUUACCCCUACUUGCAGGUUUACUGUAAUGUCAUUUCUUUUUAGAUAUUCUGUAAGGUAUUUCCACUCUCCCCCCUGCCCUUGUCUCCCCCUCGUCUCAGUUCCUUAUUUUGGCUGUUGUGUUUGCUAAUUCUGUGAGCUCUAUCAGUUUGUACAACCAUUGUUCUUCUGUUGGUAUAUUUUCAUCUUUUCACGCUUCUUCUUUUUCUUCUUAGCAUCAUUUCUUUGCUUCUUUGGGUGGUCCAGCUCACGGUUAAAUUCAGACCAAAAUAUUUAUUGCACGCUGUUCCAGAAAAUUCAAGUUCCCAACCAAUUUGUAAGGUUUGAGGUUACACAGUAAACACUGCAAGUGUCGAAAUAGGAUCGCCAAGGUAUUGAAAACCUGGUUUGGCUUUGAAGCCGUGCAAAACAUUGGCAAACCCAGGAGUGGAAACAUGCAGAUCUGCUUACAACUCGAUCUCAAGUUUGGGAAUUUCCCCCUCUAUUUAAAACAAAAUCCUACAAGAACACCCCCUCCCUCACACACCCACACUCCCAAAUGGGCAGGAUCAUUGUUGUAAAAGUGGGAAAACAGAGACUCAAUGGCUCAGUCCCAUUUUUCUCUGCAGCUGAAACAGGAUAUUCUAUUAAAACUGCAGGAGCUGUGCGUGUUCCGGUGGGAGAGAAAUAAAGCAAAACAAACUACUAGUUCUAUACUAUAAGCAUUUGUACAAACACCUGUGAACUCGAGACAAAAGGGGUGGGUUUUGAAAGGCUGCGGUGGCACAAGCCGUAACCUGCACCUUGGAUUUCGCAUUACCUUAAAAAGGGCUGUAUUUCACCUUUGGAACAUCUCAUUUGCUUAUUAAAUGUCCCUGCUUCAAUCGAUCUCUGGCCUCUCGAGGUAGGAUUGAAAAUGUCCCCUUUCUGAAAUCCUGGAGAGAACCACUGUCCUUUAGUGUAGGCCAUACUGAGCUAGAAGGAUCAAUUCUUCGGCUCGGUGUAAGGGCUCACCCACAGUUACCUUUUGCCCCACACUUUAUAGGCAUAGUCCUUGUUAAGUUGUGGGUGCACAUAUCAGACAACACAGCAAUUCUUCAAACAGCUCUUGUUUAUUCACAGGCCAGAACAGAACUGAACUAAAGGGUUCAGCCAGCCUGCUUAUAUAGAGCUCCACUACCACGCAACUGUAACAAUUUUCUGUAACUAUUCAAUCACUGAACGUCACUUUCGAUCCCUUAUUUGCAUAUGUGGACCUGAACUAUCUACAGUAUCCCCCUGCUGGCCCAGGGUGAGAACUUCAGUACAUAACAGUCCUCACUUUUAAAGCUCUGCGUCUGAGCAUUUUUUGGAGGUUCCCCAUCCCCCGCCCCUUACCCCAGGAAAACCCACUCUUUAAUGCCAAAUCUGAACAAAGGGAAAUUUGGGUUUCCAAUAGACUGCCAUUCGCUCUGAAUGAGUUGCUAAAAAGUGUGGGAUAACCAACAUGCUUAAGUCUAAUUAAUUCGUGAAGGGGUUAAUACCAUAGAGUAAGCUGUCCUGCCAGGCUUAGCUAGAUCACUUCCCCUCACCUUGGGAGAAAGGAAGCCAAAAUAUUGUUCCUUCAGUCUACCAUGUGAAUUCCUGCAUGGAAUGAGGUCUGGGCUGGUUGCUCCAAGCUCAGACCGCAUGGCCUUUACAAGCCAUUAUUGUGUUCCUGUACCAAUAAUUUAGGAAUUUUCACCACUGUAACUAAGCCAAGUUGUACUGCGUGGUACUGCAUGUAAAAGCACCUGAAUCUCACCAGGCAAAUACUAACAGGGGCCUAAGUUAAAGGGUUUUUUUAUUUAAAAAAAACAUCUAAGUUAAAGUUUUUUUAUUUAAAAAAAAUAUGCACAGCACAUGAAUGUGGAUUUCUCCCUUCCUCAUAAUAUUGGAAGCUGGGGUCCAAUUAUGAAACUGAAAGGUGGGAGAUGUACCAUUGUAGCAUCGUUCAGCCCGGACACUGAGGUCCAGAUCUGAGGGCCUUCUGGUGGUUCCUCCACUGCAGGAAGUGAGAUUACAGGGAACCAGGCAGAGGGCCUUCUCGGUAGUGGCACCUGCCCUGUGGAACACCCUCCCACCAGAUGUCAAGGAAAUGAACAACUAUCUGACUUUUAGAAGACAUCUGAAGGCAGCCCUGUUUAGGGAAGUUUUUAAUGUUUGAUGUUCUGUUGUGUUUUUAACUUUGUUGGGAACCGCCCAGAGUGGCGGGGUAUAAAUAAAUAAUAAUAAUUAUUAUUAUUAGUAGUAGUGCCAAUGGCUUUAGCAUUCCUAGAGGAUAAUGGCGUUGGCUCCUAGUCACAAUAAUUAGAUGCUCCUUACAUGAUCAGGGUAGCAUGCCUCUGGAUACCAGUUUCAAACUGGGAAACAACAGAGAGAAAGAACUACUGCCUUCAUGCUCUGCCUGUUGGGCUUCCCAUAGGCAUCUGGUUGGCUGUUGAGGAAGGAAGGAAGGAAGGAAAGCGAUGGACCACAUAGGGUUUUGGUUUAAUCUGGCAGUUGUUAUGUAAAGAAGUUCCUUUUCUCCAGGGAAGAAAGAAAUCUGUGUAAAUCAGACGGGUACUUACAUGUCCGGAGCUCAGCCUACACUCGAGUAGGACCCCGGCAGAGACACAUGCCCGACUGGCAUGUUCCCUCACUCCUGGUCAAUCAUUUGGGAGCUUCAAAAGCUUUCUUCAGCCCGAACAUCACAGCAACCGAUGCCAACUGACACUGGCACACUUAGGGAUCCGCAGAGUCUUUGCAGCUUGCGUGACAGACCUCAGCAACUCAGCAUUUUGGCUAAUCUACUUCAUUUACAUAUAAACACACACGGAGCACUGCAACAUGGCUCCCUCUCUCUCUAGCAUCAGACAGCAAAGAGAAAAAGAACAAAGGACAAUAGUCCCACUUCAUGGAACACAGUAACACAAACAUCCUGUCUCCAUCACUUCCCACUCUGAGGAGUCAAAACACAUACCGUCAUGUGAUAGAUAAUAAUCCCAUGACUGCAACCAUGGAGCAGGAAUUCUAACAUUACAAUCCAUUGUUUCACCAAGUUUUAAUUAGAAAAUUAAACUGGCUAUUAUUAUUACAGUCAAACCUCAGUUCCUGAACGCUUCCGUUAUCAUACUUUUUGGCUCCCAAAUAUCAAAAACCUGGAAGUACAGUGAGGAGGGAAAGUAUUUGAUCCCCUGCUAAAUUUGCCCAUUUGCCCUCUGAGGAAGAAAUGACCAGUUGUUAUUCUGUUGUUAUUCCUGUUGUUAUUCUGUCUCUCACAGCUUCAACAAACCUACCAUUAAAAUUAUGGACUGGUCAUUUCUUCAUCAGAGGGCAAACAGGCAAAUUUAGCAGGGGAUCAAAUACUUUCCCCCCUUACUGUAAGCGUUCCGGUUUUUGAACGUAUUUCAGAAGCCGAACAUCUGACCCAGGAAGUUCCUUCAGCCAAUCGGAAGCCGUGCCUCAGUUGUCGAACGUUUCGGAAGCCGAACAGAUUAGGUUCGACAACCAAGGUUUGACUGUAUUCUUGCUAUUAUUAUUAUGAGGCCCUAUACCCGUAGGUCUAAGGGAGCGUCACAACAUAAAAUUUGACUAAUUUAUGUUAUUUCUGCAUUUUUACGAGUUUACAUUGCAUUGUUUUAAUUUAUUGUAUCCUGCCUUGAUAAUUUAAGGAGUGGGCAGUUUACAAAAGUAAAGGUAAAGGUAAAGGGACCCCCAACCAUUAGGUCCAGUCGCAGACGACUCUGGGGUUGCGGUGCUCAUCUUGCUUUAUUGGCUGAGGGAGCCGGCGUACAGCUUCCGGGUCAUGGGGCCAGCAUGAGUAAGCGAACCAGAGCAGCGCACGGAAACACCGUUUGCCUUCCCGCCGGAGCUGUACCUAUUUAUCUACUUGCACUUAGACGUGUUUUCGAACUGCUAGGUUGGCAGGAGCAGGGACCGAGCAACAAGAGCUCACCCCGUCACAGGGAUUCGAACAGCCGACCUUCUAAUCCGCAAGUCCUAGGCUCUGUGGUUUAGACCACAGCACCACCCACAUCCCUUAUAAGUAAAUAGAUAACCUGCCCUUGUCUGGUGCUGAAGGAAGGAAGGAAGGAAGGAAGGAAGGAAGGAAGGAAGGAAGGAAGAAGAAAGGAAGAGAGAGAGAGUGAAGGAAGGGAGGAGAGAAAGAGAGAGGAGGGAAAAUCUGUGUAUUAAAAACCUGAUUGCUGCUGUGAUAUCAGAUGCCAUGUGAGCCUGGGCUUUUGAAACUCUCUCUCUCUCUCUUUAUGCAUUUCCCCUCUUCCUUCUGUAGAAAUUGUUGGCCUCGACUGCAUCCUCGAUGGGGUCAGGUACAAGAACGGACAGUCCUUCCAGCCCAAUUGCAAGUACAAUUGCACCUGUAUCGGAGGAGCAGUGGGCUGUGUUCCCACCUGCAGAGACUCCAAGCCGCCCCUCGUUUGGUGCCCCAACCCCAAACAGAUUAAGCUGAAGGGGCAAUGCUGCGAACAGUGGGUCUGCGACGACUUCAAGAAAAUCAGAAAGACCUCCCCACGGCACAUCUCCUCUGCAGGUAUUGGCUGUGUGUGUGUGUGUGUGUGUGUGUGUGUGUGUGUGUGUGUGUGUGUAGCACGUGAGGAGGGGCAGCUUUCUAAGACUUUGGAGGAAGGAAGCUCCCCACAGCUUUUAGGGGCAAACUCCCUGCAGCAUGGAGUCCCAGGUAUAACUUGUUCCACCCUUUCUCUACAACGAAAAGAAAACAAAUUGAAACCAACAGCCACUUGAGGGCUGGGCUUGGAGGGAAUUGUGAAGAGGUGCUGAAUUUUUAACCUGCUGGCCCUUUUCCAGCUCAACAUCUACCCUUCCAAGGUGGUUUUCCUCCAGCAGGGGAAAAGGUAGAAAAGCUGUAUUAUACAAGGGCAGACCACUGCUUCAUCUAGCUCACAUUUAAGGCCACAUUCGCACUAUACAAGUCAUACCUCGGGUUACAGACGCUUCAGGUUGUGUUUUUUCCGGUUAUGGACCACCAAAACCCGGAAGUACUGGAACGGAUUACUUCCAGGUUUUGGUGGUUGUGCAUGCGCAGAAACGCUAAGCCACGCUUUGCGCAUGCGCAGAAGUGCCGAAUCGCAACCCGUGCAUGCACAGACGCGGGUUGCAAAAGCUGCGGGUUGCGAACGUGCAUCCCACAUGGAUCACGUUCACAACCCACGCAUCCACUGUACAUUUAAACAAGCAUCGUACCACUUUAAGCAGACAUGGCUCCCCCCCCCCCCCAAGAAUCCUGGGAUCCGUAGUUUUUUAAGGAUGCUGUGAGUUGUUAGGAGACCCCAAGUCCCCUCACAGAGCUACAAUUGCCAGAGUGGUUUAACAAAAAGAAAAACCCAAAACCACCAGAAUGCCUAUAUACACAUAAUAUCGGUAUGUACAUUUUUUAUAUCUUUGUAUGUUACUUUGGAAUUUUUGUAGCUAUGUAUAUUACAAAGUGUCUAUGUUUAUAUGAUUUAGAACCACGCACAGCUGAUGAAGCCCCUUCGGGCGAAACAGGGGAAUAUCUAGGAAUCCUUGUCUCGUCUGCCUGUGCCAGCGUCCAUUAGUGCCAGGUUCUUUUGUCUGCCAACCCAAUCAUCUUCUUUAGACACUUAGAAGAUUAUUUCAUGCCACUCUUCUAAGCAAUACGACAGACAGAAAAAUACAAGAGAAGAUGAAAAAAUUAGAAAAGAAUGUACUACAGCACUGACAAUAUAGGACUUGUAUUUUGUACAUACUGGACUUGGUGGUCAACUGGAAAGCUACAUUUUAAUAUAUUAUGUCACAAUGUUGAUUUUGCCAUUAUAAGAAGCUGUAUCUAAUUUUUGAGAAGUAAAGGUAAAGGGGCCCCUGACCAUUAGGUCCAGUCGUGACCGACUCUGGGGUUGUGGCGAUCAUCUUGCUUUACUGGCCAAGGUACAGCUUCUGAGUCAUGUGGCCAGCAUGACUAAGCCGCUUCUGGCGAUCCAGAGCAGUGCACGGAAACGCCGUUUACCUUCCUGCCAGAAUGGUACCUAUUUAUCUACUUGCACUUUAACGUGCUUUUGAACUGCUAGGUUGGCAGGAGCAGGGACCAAACAAUGGAGCUCACCCCGUCACGGGGAUUCGAACCGCCGACCUUCUGAUCAGCAAGUCCUAGGCUCUGUGGUUUAACCCAGAGUGCCACCCGCAUCCCCUUUUGAGAAGUAGUUUCUAAUAAAUAGCUUUGCAAUUGUUACUAUACGGCCUAUUAUAUUUAUGUGUUUUUUUUCAAUUAGAGCGGUUUAACAACCAAUUCCUCUUCACAGGGAAUUCCUGAGGCUGGCGCAUGAGCUCACCUAAUGCCAUGUGUUCCUUUCCUCUCUUUUUUAUAGUUUACGAAGGGGAAAUUGAGUCGUGGCAGAAAAACUGCAUCCUCCACACCUCUUCCUGGAGUCCCUGCUCGAAGACCUGCGGGAUGGGCACGUCCCAAAGAAUCACGAACGAGAACGACCAGUGCCGUCUGACAAAAGAGAGCCGGCUCUGUAACAUGCGCCCAUGUGAAGAGGACAUCGCCAAGCACAUUAAGGUAUGGGAGAAUACAGGCAGAAAUCCUCCUUGUUGCUCUUGCUUCACCACAUUAAGCACACUAAGGUACUGCUUGUAGGAUUGCUCUUGUUUCCCCAUCCACCCACAAGAAGCUCCCACAAUUUCUCCGCAACAGCCACUAGCUUUUUAUGGCAUCUCCAGAUGAUGCCAUUUCUACAGUAAGUCCUUGGCUUCUAGUGUUUUUCCGCAUUCCCUUCCCAGGUGUGGUCACUUUCUUAUUUACUUAAAGGUAAAGAGACCCCUGACCGUUAGGUCCAGUCAUAGCUGACUCUGGGGUUGUGGCGCUCAUCUCGCUUUAUUGGCCGAGGGAGCCGGCAUACAGCUUCCAGGACAUGUGGCCAGCAUGACUAAGCCGCUUCUGGCGAACCAGAGCAGCACACAGAAACACCGUUUACCUUCCCGCCGGAGUGGUACCUAUUUAUCUGCUUGCACUUUGACGUGCUUUCAAACUGCUAGGCUAGCAGGAGCAGGGACCGAGCAAUGGGAGCUCACCCCGUCACGGGGAUUCGAACCGCUGACCUUCUGAUCAGCAAGUCCUAGGCACUGUGGUUUAACCCACAGUGCCAUCCGCAUCCCUUAUUUACUUAGGCUAUCCAAUUGCAGCUCUGUCCUGUCCAAAGAGAUGGACAACAUGAUGGGGUAUGAGGCUUCAGGGAAUCAGCUUCCUCCCCCCCCCCCCCCCGGCAGUAGAUAAGCAGAACAAAGAGAAAGGAGUCUCUUACCAGUUAGAAACUUUGAUGAUCACAGAGAGAGAACAAAGAAUCCAUUGCUAGGAAUGACAGUGCUCCUAAUUAAGGGUUUCACCCACUUCCUCCCUAGUCACCCACGUCACUACCGCAUCUUGUAACCUGAUCUCACAACCACUGUGCUUUCUGUGCCGCCAACUUAUCUGCUCUUCUUGACAUUGUGCUGAGCAGGUGAAUGCUUUCCAGUGACAGUGAGUCUGUUAACUCUCUCUCUCCCAGUGCUUCUCCUCCUAGCUGUUCCCCAUUCAGUAUUUCCCAGCUUCUGCCUUCUGAACUAUGUCCCUCUGCAAACCGCUGUUCCAAAUCUAUACUGUGGGAAGAUUCAGGAUCCGGAGCAGGAGCAGGAGGAGGGAGAGGCUCCCACCAUUCCUCCUCAGUGCAGCCCUCCUCAGCACGGUCCCUGACAUGGAGGCACAGAGGCUUCUGGGAGUUGUGGUUUUAAUCAAGGGAUUUUGCAACUGGGAACGAAGACUGCAUAACCCAGGGAUAGUCUACCUGUAAAUCUCUAGAUGUUGUUGGAUGUUAGCCAGCAUGGCCAAUGGUCACCGAUGAAGAGAGCUGAGAGUUUCCAGCCUCUUCAUAGUUCUUGGAGAAGUUUUAUUCUGUUUUCAAAGUUUUGUUCUGUUUUUAAUGUUCUGUUGAAAGCCGCCCAGAGUGGCUGGGGAAACCCAGCCAGAUGGACAGGGUAGAAAUAAUAAAUUAUUAUGAGUAUUAUUAUUACUGGAAGCGUAAAUAAAAAUGUUUAAUCGAUCAAGUUGAUUGCUAUCAUCUCUCUCUCUCUCAUGUUGUUUCUAGCCUGGAAAGAAAUGCUUAGCAGUGUACAGGAGGCAGGAGCUGAUGAACUAUACUCUGUCUGGAUGCGUGAGCAAGGCAGCUUACCGGCCGAAAUACUGCGGCGUCUGUGUGGACAAUCGCUGCUGUACUCCGUACAAGUCGAAGACCAUCGACGUGAGCUUCGAGUGCCCGGAUGGGACCGGGUUCUCCAAGAAAGUCAUGUGGAUCAACGCCUGCUUUUGCAACCUGAGCUGCAAGAGCCCCAAUGACAUUUUCGCUGACUUAGCUCAUUAUCAUGAUUACUCCGAAGUUGCUAAUUAAGUUGGCUGGGUAUGAUGGCAUGCGCAGGGAGGG